GACGGUUGCCUUCACCUAAACGUUACUGAAACUCAAAUGUGACGAUAAGCGAUCCUGAUUGACAUAUCCACUUACAAAAAAAUGUAAUUUUGCUCAAAUUGAAAUAAGCAGACCCCGCGGAAAUCUAAUUAUCCUCCUAAUAGUUAUCUUAACACCGGCAUCCGAGAAGUAAUUACUGUUCAAAAAAAAAAAGUCCAUCCCCUGAAAUAGAUUAGGAAACUUGAUUGACUGCUGCUCGCUGAGCAAAUUAGAGCCUUAAUUGAAUUUGGCAGAUAGUCUCGCGGCAGCCCGCUGUGAUUAAAGCCCGAACGAGAAUAUCAUUUUUUCAAUGGCCAGCAUUGCGUGCGCCGCUAAAAGAAGACUAUUGAUUGUUGAUAGCGCCCGCAAAAAACAUUAGGCCGAGUCCUUCGCCGGGCAAACUGAUCGAUGCCGCGUAGCAUCCAAAGGGGAGGAAUACAAAAUCAAAGCCGUCGCCAUGGCAACGCCCCUGCCAGAUUCCACCAAUCGAUGGCGUCGGCCGGCGUCCUACAUAUAGCGCUCGGGACAGGGAGUUAGCGCACACACACACACGAGAGGGCAACGCACCUCUCUGCAAACAUCACCGCAGUGAGAAGAUUUAUCCGGAUGAGAGAGAUGAUGCCCUCCUGUCAUCAAAAUUUCCUUUUCGGGGUCUCUCUGACCACCUUGGUCUUCUUGAACCACUUUACGACAGUUAGAGGAGCGCCUCUGAAGUUGGACUCGCCCCCGGAGUUCGGGGCCACCGUCCUGAAUCACUCCAUGAGCCUGGUGCAGCGUAUGGAGGGCCUCCUAACAGCAGGGAACGGCAGCGACGUCACCCUCCGUGUGCUCACCGUGGACACAGACGAGGUGAAGGUGAUACAGGCCCACAGUCUGGUGCUCACUAUGCAGAGCGACGUGUUUGAGGAGAUGCUGGUCAGCCGCAAUGGCAGUGCUUUGGUGCUGAGGGAGGCGCCCGACUGCGCCGCCGUCUUUGAUAAGUUCAUCAGGUACUUGUACUGCGGCGACGUGUCUGUCCGUCUGGACCAGGCUAUUUCUCUGCACAAGCUAGCCAGCAAGUACCACGUGUGGAGCUUGAAACAGGGCCUGACCCAGUACAUGAGCCAACAUCUGUCGAGCGACUCGCCCACAGGCCACGUGGUGGGUUGGUACAACUACGCGCUGCAAACGGGGGACACGGCCCUCCGGGACAGCUGCCUGCAGUACCUAUCGUGGAACCUGUCGUCGGUGCUGCAGAGCCAGGAGUGGGUGUCCAUAAGUGAGGAGCUACUCCUCUCCUUGCUCCGGCGCUCGGAUCUAAUUCUGCAGACGGAGCUGGAGCUGUACGAAGCCCUGGAGGCUUGGACGGAGCGGAACGAGCCAGUGGGGAAGACGGCAGAGACGGCCCUGAGGUUGGUCCGCUACGGCAUGAUCCCCCCGCAGCAUCUCUUCCGUCUCCAGAAGCAGUCGGCCCUCAUGCAGAAGUAUUACGAGACGGUGCGGGAUCUCCUCUACCUGGCCUUCCAGUUCCAUUCAGCCUCGCCCGUCACCUUGGCCAAAUACUUUGACGUCAACUGCAGCAUUUUCACGCCCCGCAACUACCUGUCGUCCUCCUGGGGCUCCCCUUGGAUCAUCAACAACCCCACGCGCGACGACCGCAGCUUCAGCUUCCAGACCCAGCUGGGCCCUAGCGGCCACGACGCCAGCAAACGGGUCACGUGGAACUCGCUCUUCUCGCCUCGCUGGCUCCCCUUGAGCGCCAGGUCCACUUACACCGAAAUGGGCGCCAUGCAGCCCACCCGCACCGACGGAGGGCGUCCCCGCGUCAUCGUCACGCCGGCCACGUCCAGCCCGGACUUUGCCGGGGUGAGCUUCCAGAAGACGGUGUUGGUGAUGGCCCGGCAGCAAGGCAAAGUGGUGGUCCGCCAUGUUUACAACUUCCACCAGAGCACGGAGGAGGUGGGAGACUUCCUGGAGGGCGCCGACCUCCAACGACGCGUGUCCGAGUACCUGAUCGAUAGCUCCCUCUAUCUACACAUUGUGAUAAAACCACUUUACCAUACGUUGCUCGUUGCCAAGAAGUAGAUCCCAACUCCGCACACAAUAAGCCCUAUUCACAGUGAUGUCACUCAACUUCCGGGUUAGCUAUAGGAGUGUAUCAGUCAGUAUUUCUUCAAUGGUUAUUAUGUGCAUCCUCCAACAAAAGUCAUUUCAAUUGGAAAGGUACAAGUUAACAUGAAUACUUUUAUCCGUUUGUCUUGAUAAUGUUACAUGUCUCUUAUACUUUACCAUUCGGAAAUUAUGCUAGUGAUGUUGUCUGCCUGUGUGUAACACAGCCUUAUUUUUGCUGUUAUUAUUUUAGAAUAAUGAUAGAAUUGUUGAAUAAUAGAAUAGUAACAGAAUCAUCCAAAGUAACCGUAACCAUAAUAACUGGUGGAUUUACCAUAUUGGCCCGAAUAUCAGACGGCCCUGAUUAUAAGACGAACCCCUCUUUUUUUCCCUCUCAAACAUGCAACCUAAAGACCAUAUGCAGAGUGUAAUUCUUAAUUUGACAACAAAAUACUUACAGACGUUGCUCUACCAAACACAAUUGUCACAGAAGUUGUGACAGUGAAGCUAACAUGUAACACACUGAAUCACGUUUGAAGAACUUCCUAUUUGCAUUCUUCUUCUACUGUUUUGGUGGAAACAAUAAAUAAAACGACCACAAGAUGGGGCGCUUUAGCAACUGAUAAAGAUGGCCAAUAGACCCUACACACCGACGUCACAAAAUCACGUGCUCUCUGUAUGGUUCCGCCCCCUUGUCCGUCAUUUUGUGUCUGUAUUAUCAAUGGUCUCAAUUGAUCGAGCAAUUUAUAAUGCAUUUCAUGGAAGACCCGGUGCUUUCGGAUGCCGUAAACUCACUUGAUGCGUUGCAUAAAAGGCGUUAUGUGGAAAAGCUUCAGUUUAUCCAUUCGCCAGAUCCAUAUUUGAUGCCUAAAUCGAUGUUUUUCGACCCGCUGUCUCCGCCAUAUUUGCCUGACAUCUGCUAGCUACCCUGAUAUGUACAACUAUCUUGUCCACACAAAAUCAGCCUAUUCUCACGAAAGUUUGAAAAACUUUAAGAGCUUGGAGGCUUAUAAAUACUUCGUUGCUGGUUGGGUGAAACAGGUCCUCGUCCACGAAAAUUCGGCAGGAAUCUAUCUUGUGCUUGGAAAGGUGAGUUACGAAAUUUUCACUACAAAAUCUUUUGUUAUUGCUAACAUCCACUGUCAAGUCUAAUGUAUUUCAUGUCAUUUGUCAAUGGAGUUAGGGCUUUUAAUGUUUAUUUGGUUUAGCGAUAGCACUCUCACUACAUACAUACCUGUAUGUUGUCGGCGAUUAGCCUAGCAAUGAUCUUAAUUGUGGUUGUCAGCCCAAAACCCUCUAAAUAUAUAUUAAAUGCAUCUUACUAGAUAUAAAAUGACUACUACAUAAUCUGUGGUAAUCGUUUGGAGCCCAGUUUUCUCGUCGAAUUGCAGCAGCCCAUCUCGCUCUCUUCUCUCCGGGUCUCUCGGAAUCCGGUAGAACUUCAAGUCUCUCCGUCUUCUCCGUCUAUCUUCUCUGUUAUUGCAACCGACCGCCACACACGCUUUCACCAUUUUGAUUAUUAAUUUUAACGAGCAGAAAAACACGUCGUAAAUAGGAGGAAUGUACGUAGCCGUAACAGGUAAACAUGAUGUGUUGACGGACAAUUGGGCGGCACCAGUCAGGAGGAAGGAGUUGUGACGUCACGUGGGUAGGGUCUAUAUAGACCCCACUCACCAACGUCACACAAUGACGUGUCACUGUAUUGUGCCGCCAUAUUGUCCGUCAUUGUGUGUCCGUAUUCUCAAUGGUCUCAAUUUAUCGUGCAAUUUAUAGUGCAAUUCAUGGAAGCUCCGGUGCUUUCAGACGCUGUAAACUCAUUGGAUGUGUUGGAUAAAAGGCGUUAUGUGGAAAAGCUUCGGUCGAUCCAUUCGCCAGAUCCAUAUUUGAUGCCUAAAUCGAUAUUUUUCGACCCGCUGUCUUCGCCGUCUCUGCCUGACAUCUGCUACCCUGAUAUCUACAACUAUCUUGUCCACAGAAACUCAGCCUAUUCUCACGAAACUUUGAAAAACUUUAAGAGCAGCACUCUAAGCAACAUUACCCCAUGUGACCCUUCCAAUUUUCUAAAAUGGCGACAAUCAAUAAAAAAAAAAGUUGACUGCGACGGCCGACGCUUCAAGGAUAGGUGGAUAUUGGACUAUUUCUUCAAUAAAAUACGCAACAACUGUGUCUGCCUCAUUUGCAAAGAGACAGUCGCUGUUUUCAAAGAGUUCGAUGUGACGCGAUAUUACCAAACAAGACACGCUGACAUGUACGACAACAUUACAGGGAAGAUACGCAGCGAGAAAUUAUAGCAACUUGAAGCUAGUUUAAUUUCACAGCAGCAGUAUUUUGCAAGAGCCCGAGUGUCGAAAGAGAACGCCACAAAGGCGAGAUUGUUGAAAUUAUGAAUUAAAAAAUAAUAAUAAUAAAGCAAAUGUGACACACAGAAGGGCUUGCUAAAAUUUGUUUAAACAUAUUGUUCUAUGUAAAUCAGCAAAGGUAGCCCCCCACAUUUUUACCACACCAAAUCUGGCCCCCUUUGCAAAAAGUUUGGACACCCCUGUUUAACUGAUGAUCCGUAGACGAGGCCAGCUUCUUUCACUUGUUACCAGCUAAAUAUUAUUCAAAAAAUAAUGAUGGUGGAAGAAAUAAGCAUCUUGAAUUUGAAACUGUAUGUUGUCGGUGAUUAGCCUCGCAAUGAUCUUAAUUGUGGUUGUCAGCCCAAAACCCUAUAAAUAUAUAUUAAAUGCAUCUUACCAGAUAUAAGAUGACUACUACAUAAUCUGUGGUGAUUGUUUGGUGCCCAGUUUUCUCGUCGAAUUGCAGCAGUCCAUCUCGCUCUCCUCUCCGGGUCUCUCGGAAUACGGUAGAACUUCAAGUCUCUCCGACUAUCUUCUCUGUUAUUGCAACCAAUCGCCACACACGCCUUCACCAUUUUGAUUAUUAAUGUUAACGAGCAGAAAAACACGCCAUAAUAGGAGGAAUUUACGUAGCGGUAAUGCGUAAACACGACGAGCUGACGGACAAUAUGGCGCGGAGGCGUGGUUGUGACGUCAUGUGAGUGGGGUCUAUUGGAAACAUAAAACUCCCCACCUGGGAAUAAAACAUUGCAAUAAACAGUGUUGUCACAGAUUACUUGAAAAAGUAAUUUAAUUACUGAUUACGCCUCAAAAAAGUAAUCUAGUUACUUUACUGAUUACUUAAUUAUCAAAGUAACUAAGUUACUUUAAAAGUAAUUUAUCAGUUACUUUUUACCCAUUUUUCUCCCUUUGCCGCCUCAACAUAAGAAUGACAUUAGAAAAAUGUCAUCACAUGUAAUAGACUUUCCGAUGAUUGAAUUCAAAGGGGAAUAUUAGAAUUUGGCGUGAGCUUAGCCACUCCGGAGCCCUGAAACUAACAAAUAUCUGACAAACUGCUUGGAAUUUGUUGAAAUCAACUCCACCGACCAAUUAAACCCCGCUAACCUCUAAGAUUAAGCCUAAUGUCAAAACUUCUGAAUUUCAGGUUAUGGUUAACAGCAUAUCAGUGCUAAUGUAAAACAAUGCAAACUGACUAAACAAAAUUGCAAAGGUGGUGGCGGGCACGGAUGCAUGUGCAAAACCCGGAAGCACUCCUCUCAACACGCACGCGGUCAAUUUGGCCACAAAACGUGGCGGCAACUAAGCACUUUACACUCACUCAGACUUACAACACAUCCCACAGAUGCUAAACGAACACAUCGCCUCACGGCAUAAAUGUGCAACACGCAUAUGAUGUAAACAAAGCUUGCCAACUUUGAGCGAUGACUGCCCGUCGUUGCUACGGCAAAGCUACGAAACCGUCGCGCAUGUAGGGGGUCCAACCUUUUGCUGAUACCCUCCAGAAUGAAGGAAAAAUACUCACCUUCAUUUGUGCAUAUCCACAAAUCAACAUUCCCUCGCAACGUCUCAACACUCGGCUCGAAUGUCCACCCGCCUGGCCCACGCCUUUCAGUCCCACAACACAUCUGACGCGAGACCAAAACAGGAAAUAGCUAAGAGGUUGUCCUGGAAACACGUACCGGGAACCUUUUAUUUUAGCAUUUUCUAUUCAAAAUGACUACAAUAUUCUUCAUUCUACAUACAUUAUGAGGCAAUGAAAAAAUAGUAACGCAGAGACACUAAGGAAACUAACUUUAAUCAGAUUACUGGUGUAGAAAAAUGAACGCGUUAGAUUACUCGUUACUGAAAGAAAGUAAUCAGAUUACAGUAACGCGUUACUACCUAACGCGUUACUGACAACACUGGCAAUAAAAUAAUGCAAACUGGUUAACCUUGAGAGUAGCUGAGAUCUGUCAUGACAGAACAUCGCUUCAAAGAUAUCUGGCCCCAUCUAGUGUCGUAAAUUGGUAUAAUGUCUAGGCCGCAAAUAUAAGACGACCCUCACUUUUUCAGUCUUAUUUCAAUGCAAAAAAAACACCAUCUUAUAUUCGGGCCAAUACGGUACUUGAUAAAACCAUUGUAACAAUUUGCACUUACUUUUAUUAAGUCAAUUUUACAACAGUAAAAUGUACUUAAUAGAAGUGCAAUUUACUACAAGCAGUAAAAUUACUUAAUAAAUGUAAGUGCAAUUUACUACAAGCAGUAACAUUUACUUAAUAAAAGUAAGUGCAAAUUGUUACUAUGAUUUUAUCAAGUAAAUCUACCAGCUAUUAUUUUUUCAGUGCAGGAAUGGGUAGUAACGCGUUUCAUUUACUCGGUUAUGUUUACAUGAUUAACGUUUUGAGAAAAAUGUACUUCUAAGAGUAGUUUUACCAAGCCAUAGUUUUUACUUUCACUUGAGUAGAUUUGUGAAGAAAAACCGUUACUCUUACUCCGCUAUUUUGGGCUACACUAGUCGUUACAUUUUCCUCUUUAUUCUACAUACAUACAUUCGACUCCUAAGACCCAUUAUUUGUUUGACAUUUGAGUCACAGACUACCAUGCGAUGAGAUUUAUUGUGAUCAAAAGGAAAAACAUAAUGAAGUGAGGCUUUCAAAAAGGUAGGGAGCUAGCUAGCUAGCAUUAUUAGCGUUAUUUAGCUAUCAUUCCCACCCAAUCUAGGAAUGCUCAUUACAGUUAAAUUUGGAAUAUGUAUAGAUUUAGCAAGACAACAUAUUGCCUUGUCGUAAAUAAUAUUAAUCUUCAUUAUACCUUUGGAAAUGGAAUGUUUUUUGCUUGUGGUCCAUAUAAACUCAAUGGACUUUCACAGAGGGAUACACUCCUAUCGGCAAACCUGGAAGAGGGUGUGACGUCAUGUCAAUUACCCCAAUUUUACUCAUAUCGCAGCUUAUACCCUACGGUUCUUAAACUUACUGCACGUGGGAAAUAUUUUGCGGUCCCUUAUUUGACAUCAAAUUGUAGCAUUCUUGUGAACCCCCGUGAAGUUGGACACAAAUUUAAGGAAAAAUGAUGUCAUUCAUUUGUGCUGAAAAAAAUUUCAUUUGUGCUGCUGAGCUAUUUGAGGUCAACUAGCUACCCCCCACUCCCUUUUUGGUUAAAAGUGGCUAAAAAUGGCGUUUGUGCUGGUUUGUGCUGUAAAAAUUUUCAUUUGUGCUGCUAUUGUUUUAUAGAUAUUAUAAUCUUAAUUUCGAGUGAUGAUGUCAAUCGCAGCACCUCAAUCGUGGCUGGCGAAGCGUACCAUCUCUCUUUAUAACAGAGGGUGUCCCUACAACUAGCACAAACGUAGCACAAAUGAAUGGCACCCCAUUGCGUUCAUUUUGCAAUAAAUAGGGGGCUGCGUGACAUCAUCACUCAAAAUUAAUAUCUCAAUAACAAUAGCAGCACACAAAAAAAUCCACAUUACAAACGGUUGACACCAUUUUUAAUCAAAAUCGGGACUGGCUGACCUCACAUUGACCAAUAAAAUAAUUUUUAAUACCUCAAAAACAGCACAAACGAGCAUUUUUUUUUUUUUUCAGCACAAACGAAUGACAUCCUUUUUUGUAUAAAUUUGUGUCGAAAAAUAUUAAUCAAAAAAGAAUAAUAAACUGGCAAAUGAAAAAAAGGGUAAUAAAAAAUAUACAGAAUACUAAUGAUUUUAAAAAAUAUAUUUUAAAAUAACUUCAGGUAACACUUCAUUUGACAGUAGCGUCAUAAGACUGUCAUGAGACCGUCAUAAUUAGGAUAUGACAAUGUCAUGAGCAUUAAUGAAUGCUUAUUACAAACGUCAUGAAGUGCCAUCCAGCAAAUGAUGUCAUUUUUGAAUGGAUGUUAAAGAUGUGGACUGGACAUAAAUGAACUUAUUGACAAAAUUUUCCAGAUGACACUUCAUGACAUCUCUCAUAACUAAGCAUUUAUUAAUGCUCAUGACAGUGUCAUGUCAUAAUUAUGACGGUCUUAUGACCAAAAGUGGGCAAGGAAGCCAAAAAUUGUACUCAAGUAAGAGUAGCGUUAAGUCAAAAUAAUAUUACUCAAAUUAAAGUAGUCGUCCAAAAAAUGUACUCAAGGACAUGUAAAAAAAAAUUUGUAGGAUUGGCCCGAAAAUAAGACGGCCCUGAUUAUAAGACGACCCCCUCUUUUUCAAGACUCAAGUUUGAAAAAAAGACUUUUUGAACACCAAAUUAAUUUUUAUACAGAAAAUAAUUACAGUACACUCAAAACAAAUGAUUAUAACAACAUAUUUGAGAGAAAAAGCAUAUUAUUUUGCCUCAUUCAAAUCUCAAUAUCUGAACAUUUAAAUAGGUAAACUAAGGUGCAAUCACAUUCGUAAAUGAAUGGCUUCUGGUUUUUGAAAUGUAAAUAAACCAAUCUAUUGUGAUAAAACAACAAAAUUGCAAUAACUGCAUUAACCAUCAAAGUGAAGUCUAACUGUAACUGUAGUCUUGAAACAAAUCUGAAUAAGGAAAAUCAUUGGAAUAAAAUAAUGCAAACUGGUAAAACUUGAGAGUAGCUGAGAUCUCUCAUGACAGAACAUCGCUUCAAUGAUAUCUGGCGCCAUCUAAUGUCGUGAAUGGGUAUAACGUCUAGACCGCGAAUAUAAGACGACCCCCUCUUCUUCAGUCUUAUUUCAAAGCAAAAAACACCGUCUUAUAUUCGGGCCAAUACGGAUAUAUAUAUUCUUUAAACAAUGGUAAUUUUUCUGACCACAUACAGUAGUUAUCUAUAUGGACUAUUGUUAUAAUGAUACUGUGCAAUAACCCAUUACAUAACCACAUUAAGACAAAUAAAUUAAAAAAAAUACAUAAAUGAAGCAUUAUUUGUCCAAGGAGCAUGACUGCCCCCUGGUGGAGAAAGUCCCGAGUUUGAAUAGUGAAUAGUUCCUUCAUAAUUACGAUUUUGAAAUUAAAAGGUUCAUAUCUCCAGUUUUCCGUGGUCAGUCGGUGCUAAAUAAAAACAUGGAGAGAGGUUGAAAUUCGCACUUUCGAGUCAUGUUGAGGGCAGCGCUCUAUAUCAAAAACUUCAUUUUUUUACGGUGCUUUAAAGACCACAUUAUUGAACAGGCUGGCAUGAAGAUAGAACGGCAAGCUUGUGUCUGAUUGGUAUUAAGGAGUCAUGUGAUUAUUGUUGCGACGUCUCAUUGGUGAAAUCAGUAGAGCUACCCUGGUAAUACACCAGGCAUGUCUCUACUCUAUUCAUGGCAUUGCUAGCAAAAAAAGUGAUAAUAAACCUAAUAUGUAAAAUAAAGAUGAAAAAUGUAACGAGUGUUGUGUAGCCCAAACUAGGGGAGGAAGAGUAGCGUUUUUUCUUCACAAAUCUACUCAGGUAAAUGUAAAAAAAAAAAGUGUAGCUUAGUAAAACUCCUCUUAGAAGUACAUUUUUCUCAAAAUGUUACUCAAGUAAAUGUAUUGGAGUACAUGUAACGCGUUCCUACCCACCACUGUCAAAUAAAGUGCUACCUAAUUUAAGAAUAAAUCAGUGAUACAAAUUAUAUCGCUCAAGCUAAUGCUAACGUUUCGUGUUUUUCCUAACUUGAUAGCCGAAACUAAUUAGCAACAUUAGUCCCUUUUUGGGGGGACUCCUUGAUGCAACCCACACUCAUCCCCCCCAAUAAAUUGAGUGUAAGAUCAGUGAUAUAAACAAUUUUUAUUACUUUGUACUUUAAUAGUCUUCCGAUCAUUUCCCAAAAAAGGACAUACGUUUGUAGUAUUUUACGCACAAAACAAACAAACAAAAUAAUCGUUGUACUGUAUUAGUUCAUGGCAAUAUUUUGUGUGACUGUUCUUUUCCCUUAUUUGUUCUUUUUAUAUAUUUUUUUGUUUAGAAUUUGAGUAGAAUGUCAUAACUUUGUAGUUUUGGAAUUUUCACCAAUAAUUUUAACUGUUUAGUUUAUAGUAAUAUUAAGUUGUAUCAACAAUAUAUUUAGAUAAGUGUUAAGUGAAUUAGCAUUCCAUUGAUAAUGUUCCUUUUCUAGUAGAUUGUACUUAUAAUAACUGAGUUUUAGAGUUUUUUUUCCAUCCCCUUUAUUAUUGUGAUGUAUACAAAAGCAAGAUUUAGGUAAAGCUCCACUACUGGGAAGAUUUCUCCGACAAAGCAAAAUCGAUUCGUAAAAAAAAAAAAAAGGAUUAGCUGGCUCAUACUGAACGGGAAAAAAGUAUUAGAAGCAAACGAAUAGAAAAAUUACUGAGAUAAGUUGUGAUGUGGCCAGAAUGAAGUUGUGUAUUGUUGAAAUAAAGUGCAAAUUCUGCAAUAUUGCCUUGUUAGUCUAUGUGUGAAUAGUCUUGUUCUCAGAAAAUAGUUUAAAUAUGCAACUUUAUUCUCAUUUGGAGAUUUAUAGAGUACAGAGUUUUACGCUGUUUUGUUACAGUUAUAAUUCAUGAUUAGAAAACCGAAAUACUAAUAUUAUUACGUGAAAAAUAUUGUGAACGUAGUUGAAUUGUUAGAUUUUUACUGUCAUGUCACAGACAAAAGCAGUCCUGAAUUUAGUUAAACAUUCAGAUUAUGGGGAAAAAAUGGAGUUGUCCCAUAUUAUCGGGAAACCGAUAAUAUCGUCCGAUAAAAGCAUUUUAAAAUGAGACCUGAUCAUAUCAACAUGGGUUUUUCAUAAUGGGUUUUGGGCCAAUAUGCAUGUUGCCUUCAAAGUGAACGUAGAAGCCUUCUGCCUUUGUACAAGGCUGGUCACAGCUUGGCACAGUAGUUCUGCUGAUUGACUAUUAAGGCUGAUUUAUGUUUCUGAAUUUUGGUGACGGCCAACCUACGCCGUUAAUGCAGACCUGAUUUGGACCCUACGCCAUAGCCUGACGUGAACCUCCAAAAAAUCCUGACUAUGCAUCACGUCAACGCGUCGCGAUGUGAACGUAAAAGGACUAUGAUUGGUCCGUUCAGCCCUGAGAUGUCUCCAAGAUACUCAGGAUUUGUUAUGUGAGCAUUAUCAUUAUUGAAGCAUCCAGUGGGACAUCGCAAUUGAAGGAAUCUGACCUUCUAGUUAGAUCGCCGGAAUCACGCCAGCUGAGCCGCCGGACCCGCGCUGGCGUAGCUCCAACGACCCGGGUCGGCAGAACUCCGACAAUCUGGCCAGAAGGCCAAACUCCGCGCGUUCACUUUAGUCUUAACCCUUUGUACUGACUCCAUCGUGAAAGGUUUAAAGAAGCCUCACCGAGAACAAGUUGACAAUUUAUUCGGAUCGACAGUGAUCAAACAGAAAGGCGAAACCGACACAGACUCAGGCGAGGAGGCAAACUCUUUCCAAGGUCACCAAAUCACACAUCAACAAAAGGUUCCCGAGAAAAAUGACAGUGAUUAGUUAAACAUUCAGUCUUUUGAAGGCUUCCGCGGGGCGGGCCGUGGGCAGGAAGAAGGGUGUGUUUGGGAAUAUUGUCUGUUUGUGGAUUGGACAGGAAGAUUCAGGAGUUACUCUUGUCUGGGCAACGAGGGCUGUGGAUUUUGCCACCUAAGCGUCAAAGGGGCUCUUGGAGUCUUGUCAGUCGUAUAUCGGGCAUUCUCCUGUGUUCCUUGUGUUGGGACAGAUCAUCCCGCCAUUUGUUCUGGACUGUCCGGGAGAACUAAUUGCAAGACUUUGUGGUGUAGACGUGAACUUGUCAGCGUCAAUCUUGCUCAGUUAGUUGUAUGACGCACGCGCUGGGCUUCUGUGAUAAGAAGGCGUUAUUUCUUAUGCUCUAUAUUCUGCUUGUUUUUCUUAAACUAUGGUAUAAGUGCUAUUUAUUUCAUGUUGGGUGUGUUAGAGUAAUACAAACAGUCAAAGAGUAAAUACAAGAAAAGAUAUUAUUAUUAUAGAUAUUAUAUUAAGUGUGUUAGAUGCAAACAGUUAGACGGGGCCUACGAGAAACGGUACGAUUUCCUUUACAAUGCAAUUAGCCAUAAUACAUUAAGUCCACAACAGCAUAUACAGUGAUCCCUCGCGACUUCGCACUUCAAACAUCGCGCCCUCAGUCCAUCGCGGAUUUUUUUUUUUUCAAUUACAAAAAAAAUGCAGGAUUUUAUAGAGUUGUCCCAACCGAUUACAAACAGCCUCUCACUCUCUAUCUUGAUGCUUUUCUUUCUCACCAGACAGCUGCAGCUUGGUAAAGUUAAUGAUGAGUGACAAGGGAGCUGCUUUGAAUUUGCCAGAGAAGCUUGAGAGUACGAUCUUUCAAAGGCGCCAACACGUUUAACUUGUUAAACAUUAGCUGUAGUGUGCUAUGGCAACUCAUUGUGUUCUGUUGUGUGCUGUUCUAAGCAGCGUGAGUUGAUAUGUGAGGACUCAAUCAAUAAGGCAUUCAAUAAAGAAUUGUAUUUUGGGGGAAAAAAAAGGGAAAAAAACACGUCUAAACGUGUCCUCUUUCCAAUGCUAAAUCUGAGUAAAUACAUUGAACACGCCUAAAAUAACUCAAAAAAAAAAAAAAAAAACAUUUUUUUUUUUAAUGUAAAUAAAUCUCACUGGGGCGGUUCGCAGCCAAGUGUGUAGCGGUUGGGAUGAAGAUCAGCACCUCCAAAACUGAGACCAUGGUCCUCAGCCGGAAAAGGGUGGCAUGCCCUCUCCGGGUCGGGGAUGAGAUCCUGCCCCAAGUGGAGGAGUUCAAGUAUCUUGGGGUCUUGUUCACGAGUGAGGGUAGGAGGGAGCAGGAGAUUGACAGGCGGAUCGGUGCAGCGUCUGCAGUGAUGCGGACUCUGCACCAGUCCGUUGUGGUGAAGAAGGAGCUGAACCAAAAGGCGAAGCUCUCGAUUUACCGGUCGAUCUACGUUCCUACCCUCACCUAUGGUCACGAGCUGUGGGUCGUGACCGAAAGAACAAGAUCCCGGCCGAAAUGAGUUUCCUCCGCAGGGUGUCCGGGCUCUCCCUUAGAGAUAGGGUGAGAAGCCCGGUCAUCCGGGAGGGGCUUGGUGUCGAGCCGCUACUCCUCCGCGUCGAGAGGAGCCAGUUGAGGUGGCUCGGGCAUCUGGUUCGGAUGCCUCCUGGACGCCUCCCUGGAGAGGUGUUCCAGGCAUGUCCCACCGGCGGGAGGCCCCGGGGACGACCGAAGACACGCUGGAGAGACUAUGUCGCCCGGCUGGCCUGGGAACGCCUUGGAAUCCCGCCGGAGGAGCUGGCUGAAGUGGCUGGGGAGAGGGAAGUCUGGGCUUCCCUGCUAAAGCUGCUGCCCCCGCGACCCGACCCCGGACUAAGCGGAAGAUAAUAGAUGGAUGUAGGCUACAUGAUAAGCGUGGGGUUGGUGGUGGGUCCCCUCUUGCCAUCCCUGAAGGCUGGUUGAUGGGUGCGCGGGUAGCCCGGGGGACCACCCUGGAUCCCGGGGUGGGGGGCUGGAUCCUUUGCUGGGCUGCGGGAGAAGGGAUGGGCUGCGCUGCCCCCCCCCUCCACCCUCCCUCCCCAGGCUGGCUGGGUGGGGGCCGUGGCACUGGGUUGGCACCCGCGUGGCGUCUCCGCUCGUCUGCAUGGCUGUCACGUACUUGGUGGGGCUCGCGUGCGGCUGGAUGUGAUGGGGCGGGCUGGCGAUGGGGCGGGCGUAGGGUCGGUCGCCAACGGGCUUACACUCACAAGGUUACUGGGUUCUAGAUCACAGAGCUGACCUAUGUACACUCUACCCCUUUCAAUCACUUAGCUUAUAGACUCCCCCACCACCGUCCCCUUCUUUUCCUGUUCAACAGGCCCCUAACAUGGUGUCAACCGGAAAUGCAUCUUGCUGACGAUAACACCAACAUAUUAAUAGUUUAGGCGUUCAAUGUAUUUCUUGUUGUUGUUUGUGUUUCUCUCUUUCUUCUCUUGUGUUUCUUUUCUUCUGUUCCCCCAUAACCCCUUCCUGUUCGCUGCUUUGUCAUAAUAAACGAGGUACAUUGAAUGAACACAAUGGGAGUAUGUCAUACUGUCAAUGUGAAACAUUAAAACUGCACAGACCAACCAGACACUUAGACUUCCAUUCUCCGUGUCAAACAGCUGAACAGGACAGGUUUAAAAAAAUAAUAAUAAUACUAAAUAAAUAAAAUCCAGCAAAAAACGAGAGAUCA